UAAAGUAGAUGUAAACGGAUGAUUACCAGAAAGGCUUUCGUUUGCCGCUCACAUUUUUGAGGACUUCGCCUCACUGACAUGGAGCCGGUGGUCAGGAAAAUACGAUCGACUUGGACAGGGCAAGUGAUUGUGGUUUUGCUUCUGUGCGCGUGUGCUCUGCAUUCAGUUUCCGCACAGAUACGAUACUCGAUUCCGGAAGAAUUGGAGCACGGGGCUUUUGUUAGCAACAUAGCGGAGGAUCUUGGGUUCGACGUGUCUAAACUCUCUGCACGCAGAUUUCGGAUAGUUUCAGGCGCCAGGAAGCAGUAUUUGGACGUCAGUUUAGAGAAUGGUAUUUUAUUUGUCAACGAAGAGAUUGAUCGCGAGGAGCUCUGCGAGCAAAGUUCUGCAUGUUUUUUGCAUUUGCAGGUCGUCAUUGAAAACCCUUUAGAACUAUACAGGGUGGAGGUAGAGAUUUUGGAUGUGAACGACAAUUCUCCCACUUUGCCUUGGACUGAAUUUAACCUGGAUAUAUCCGAGUCGGCAGCGCCCGGGUCCCGUUUCCCGCUCGAGAGCGCACAGGAUCUGGACGUGGGCACAAACUCUCUUCGCACGUACUUGCUGAGUGUGAACGAGCACUUUGUCCUCGACAUCCAGACGCGCAGCGACGGCAGCAAGUUUGCGGAGCUGGUGCUCGAGACUCCGCUGGACAGAGAGCAGCAGAAGACGCACCAAAUGGUGCUGACAGCGGUGGACGGGGGCACGCCGGAGAGGUCCGGGACCGCGCAGAUCACCGUCACCGUGCUGGAUGCAAAUGACAAUGCGCCUGUUUUCGAUCAGACUUUUUAUCGCGUGAGGCUGGUGGAGAACGCACCCAGAGGCUCUCUAGUGAUUAAACUCAACGCCUCGGAUUUGGAUGAAGGCUCAAACGGGGAAAUAACCUACUCCUUCAGCGGACACGCGCCUCUGAAAGUGCGGCAGCUGUUUAGCGUGGACCCCUACACGGGCGAAAUUAGAGUAAAAGGCGUCGUGGAUUACGAAAAAGCCAGAAUGCAUGAGAUAUAUGUGCAAGCAAAGGACAAAGGUCCAUCGGCUGUCGCUGUACACUGUAAAGUACUCAUCAAUGUUUUAGAUGUGAAUGACAACCUUCCAGAGGUGAUCCUAACCUCGGUGUCUACGCCCGUUCAGGAGGACGCUCCUCCGGGGACCGUGAUCGCAGUCAUAAGUGUAAUGGAUCUGGAUUCCAGGGAAAAUGGGAACGUGGACUGCACGAUUCCCAAUAAUAUACCAUUUCAGCUCCACUCCUCGUUUACCAAUUAUUAUACUUUGGUCACGAGCGAGUUUCUAGACAGAGAAACAGUGUCCGAGUAUAACAUUACCCUCACCGCGAGGGACCUCGGCACACCGCCUCUGUCCACUAGAAAAACAAUUGUAGUUCAAGUGUCUGACGUUAACGACAAUACUCCUCGCUUCGCAAAGCCAUCGUACACUGUCUAUGUGACUGAAAAUAAUGCCCCUGGCGCUUCCAUUUGCUCGGUGACUGCCUUCGACCCCGAUUCCAAUCAGAACGCGUAUCUGUCCUACUCUAUUCUGGAGGACCAAAUUCAGGGCAUGCCGGUGUCCACUUACGUCUCCAUCAACUCAGACAACGGCAACAUCUACGCGCUGCGCUCUUUCGACUAUGAGCAACUGAGAAACUUUCAGAUUCGUGUCCGGGCUCAAGACGCUGGCUUCCCGCCUCUGAGCAGCAACGUAACCGUUACUGUCUUUGUUUUGGACCAGAACGACAACGCGCCGGUCAUCGUCUCUCCUGUACCCCAAAACGACACUGUGGCCACGGAGGUGGUACCUCGGUUGGUUGACGCUGGUUACCUUGUUGCGAAAAUCACCGCUAUUGACGCUGACGCAGGACAAAACUCGCGACUCUCCUACCAGGUUCUCCAGGCAACAGACUCGACUUUGUUUAGCGUUGCCCUUUAUACGGGCGAAAUCAGGACAAUACGUCGAUUGGUGGAUAAAGACGCCACGAGGCAAAGGCUGGUCAUUUUAGUCAAGGACAACGGUCAGCCGCCCCUUUCGGCCACUGUUUCCAUCAUCUUAUCAGUAGUUGACAGCGUGCCAGAAUCGCUGUCCGAUUUCGGCGACCUUACCCGAAGCCCCCAGUCUCCCUCCGAUCUCCCUUUGUAUUUAAUCGUGUCUCUGAGCGCUAUUUCAUUCAUAUUUCUGGUGGCUAUAAUUGUCCUGGCUGCUGUAAAAGGAUACAGGGACAAACACUCUAUCAGGGGAUAUAACCUCUCCCUCAGCGCUUGCUGCGGGUUUCGCGCCGAGGCUUCCACGGAGGUCUUUAAAAAAUCCAACCUAAACCUGCAGGUAUCCACUGGAGCUAAAAUGCCCACGAGCUGCGCAGAGGGGCAUAGCAACAGCGCUCUGUCCCAAGCCUACUGUUACAAAAUGUGUUUCGCCCCGGAUUCAGCAAAGAGUGACUUCAUGUUUAUUAAGCCAUGUAGCCCGACCACAGCACCGCCCAAAAACAACACGAAGGGUGUGGAGCACCUGGCGCCAGCUUGGAGCGCGCAAAACCGGGGCCAGGCAGUGAACAACGGAGCAACGACUCCGUGUGAGUUGAAGCUGCCGAACACUGACCGGGCUUUGCUGAAGAACCAGCAGACCUGCACGAUCAGGAGCUACAGCUCCAUCCACGAGGAGGGGACCCUGCCACGCCCAGGCCCGCGAAAGGCACCAGACAGAGACAGCGCCGCCUCUCCCGCGGGCAGCCAGUACUGGACCUGGGGGAGCCACAUCCGCGGUGAGAAGAAUUACAAGAUGUCACCCCCUGCAUCUGGCGUUCCAAACUGCUCGUGGACCCCCAGAUACGCCCCACCUCCGCAGCGCUGCAUCGACCCGCCGCCUGACUACCAGCACAACGUCUACAUUCCCGGCAGCCCCAGCGGCUGCGGCGCCGCCUGGCGCACGCUCCGGGACCGGCAGGACACCAGGGACUCCUUCUCAACCUUCGGGAAGAAGAGGCGCUUCGCGUCCAGCUACGAGCCCAGGGACAACGCUGUGAUCAACAACGAGCUUUUUGCCAAGUGAAGUAAUGGUGACGCAGAGGGCUGUCCUCACAACAUGUAUCGCCGAGCAGCGUCUCCUUUCACUGUCACACGGAGAGUCCCGACUGAGGAUGUCUGAAAAUAUGUACAUUUAUGAGAAUCAUCCAGGCCUGGGUCCAAACGUGUCCAUAUUCUUCUCCUUUUUUUGGUGGAGGGUCUCCCUGCCCUGACACUGCGACUGUAGGCGCCGCAUAGAGCUGUCAAUAACUUGCCCGCUAGUGUGCUGUCAGUGUGUGUUUACAACAGUAUCUGUGGAGUCCUGUAGUACACUGUGAGUGCACAUUUCUGUGGUCAUUAUUCACAUGGUGAUGAUUAUUGUCACAAUCAGAACAGAACAAGCUUGUAUUAAUCCACACAUCUGAGUUCAGUGUAACCAGCCCUCUGAGACGGGAGGCAGGGCAGUCCAGCCUGACUGUCUAACCCUGGAGACAUGGGAGUUUUCAUCAAGUAGACAGAGGGGCUGUGCCCAACGCCAUGCUCCCAAUGCCACUGCCUUAGCAGACUGAGAGUGCUGUGCAUGAAC